AUGGUUGGACAGAAAGGCCUUGCCAAUGGCGGCGGGAGCUCCCUCGCCCAGGUCGAACAGGUUGUAAAGGCAUCGCUGAGAUCCCUGCCCGCUGAGACCGGCGACGGUACUUACGUCAAGUAUAACACGACCACUGGCCUGGGCCAGGAUUUGAGCCAUGUCGAUCUCAAGGAUGUUAAGACUCUGGCCGAGGUCGCUAAGAGCGCAAUUACUGGUGACCCCGUCAACGAUCGGGAAUACAUCAUGGAGCGAGUGAUCCAGCUCGCAGCAGGUUUGCCUUCUACAUCUAAAAAUGGGAAGGACUUGACAAAUACUUUCCUGAGUACCCUUUGGAAUGAUUUACAGCACCCGCCUACUUCCUAUCUUGGACGGGACUCUGCAUAUCGAAAAGCAGAUGGAUCAGGCAAUAACCCUUUCUGGCCCAACAUUGGUGCCGCUGGUACACCUUAUGCACGAUCUGUCCGACCACAGACAAUGCAGCCUGCUGCUCUCCCAGAGCCGGAGACCCUUUUCGAUAGCCUCCUAGCUCGGAAGGAGUUCAAGGAACACCCCAACAAAAUUUCCAGUGUACUCUUCUAUCUUGCAUCUAUCAUUAUUCAUGAUCUUUUCCAAACCGACCCCAGAGAUUUUACAGUUUCUUUGACUUCCUCUUACCUGGACCUGGCUCCACUUUACGGAAACAACCAAGAUGAACAGAAUACUGUUAGAACAUUCAAGGAUGGAAAGCUCAAGCCGGAUUGCUUUUCCACCAAGCGAGUUCUGGGAUUCCCGCCUGGUGUCGGUGUUCUGCUGAUCAUGUUCAACCGUUUCCACAACUACGUCGCCGAGCAACUCGCACAGAUCAACGAGGGUGGCCGAUUCACGAAACCAGAUGAGUCAAACACAAAAGCUUAUGCCACCUGGGAUAACGAUCUUUUCCAAACGUCACGCCUGGUUACCUGUGGUCUCUACGUCAACAUAAUCUUGAAAGACUACGUUCGAACUAUUCUCAACCUCAACAGGACUGAUAGUACCUGGAGUUUGGAUCCUCGUGCGGAGAUGAAGGAUGGUCUGCUCAGUGAUGCGGCCAAGCAAGCCACUGGAAACCAGGUUUCGGCUGAGUUCAACCUUGUCUACCGAUGGCACUCGUGCAUCUCUGCUCGUGACCAAAAGUGGUCCGAGGAUAUGUAUAGGGAGCUGUUUGUGGGCCAGGAUCCGAGUAAGAUUUCCCUUCAGCAGUUCGCCAUGGGUCUCGGAAAAUGGGAGGCAACAUUGCCUGAGGAUCCUGUGGAGCGCCCAUUUGCCAAGUUACAGCGCCAGGCCGAUGGCCAUUUCAGUGACGAUGAUCUGGUCAAGAUCUUUGAAGAGAGUGUGGAAGAUGUUGCUGGAGCAUUCGGUGCCUCAAACGUGCCAACUGUCUUCCGUACGAUCGAAGUUCUGGGCAUCAAGCAAGCACGGUCGUGGAACCUGGCUACUCUCAACGAGUUCCGGUCAUUCUUUAACCUGCAGCCAUACAAGACCUUUGAAGAGAUCAACUCGGAUCCUUACAUUGCUGACCAGCUCAGACAUCUCUACGAUCACCCAGAUUUGGUCGAGCUCUACCCUGGCCUGAUUGUUGAAGAUGCCAAGGACCCAAUUCUUCCAGGUAGUGGGUUGUGUGCAAACUACACUACUUCGAGGGCUAUUCUCUCGGAUGCAGUUACACUCGUUCGUGGAGACCGCUUCUAUACAGUUGACUACACUCCGAAACACCUGACGAAUUGGGCGUUCAACGAAAUAAGCUAUGACACGACUGUCGACCAGGGUGCGGUCUUUUACAAGCUGAUCCUGAGAGCCUUCCCUAACCACUUCCGCGGUGACUCGGUCUACGCACACUUCCCAAUGGUUGUGCCUCAUGAGAACAAGAAGAUCCUGACAGGCCUCGGAAAAGGUGAAGUAUACAGCUUCGAUCGACCCACUUACAACCCCCCACCUCGACUGAUCAACUCCCAUGCCGCUUGCAUGUCCAUCCUCGCGGACCAACAGACCUUCAAUGUUACCUGGGGCAAGAAGCUCGAGUUCAUCUUGAGUCGUGAUGGCCACACCUACGGCAGUGACUUUAUGCUGUCAGGUGAUCGCCCACCAAACGCCCAGUCCCGCAAGAUGAUUGGUAAUGCUCUAUACCGGGAUAAAUGGAAGUCAGAAGUCCGCUCGUUCUAUGAGGAGAUUACCUUGCAGCUUCUGAAGAGUAAAUCCUACAAGAUCGCCGGCGUAAACCAGGUCGACAUCGUCCGGGAUGUGUCCAACCUUGCUCAGAUCCACUUCUGUGCACACAUCUUCUCCCUCUCGUUGAAGACUGAGUCAAACCCUCGGGGUGUCUUUACUGAGCAAGAGUUGUACCAGAUCAUGGCCUUGGUCUUCACCUGUAUCUUCUACGAUGUCGAGGUGACCAAAUCCUUCCAGCUUGAGCAGGCCUCCCGCUCGGUUGCCCAACAGCUGGGUGAGUUGGUCAUGGCCAAUGUUGAGCUUGUUGAUAAGGCUGGGUUUAUUGCUGAUAUUGUGAGCCGUCUUCACCGUCAUGACUACCUGUCCGAUUACGGAGUUCACAUGAUCCAGCGCUUGCUGGAUAGUGGACUGCCAGCGAAGGAGAUUGUUUGGACGCACAUUCUUCCGUCGGCUAGUUCCAUGGUCGCGAAUCAGGCUCAGCUGUUCAUUCAAUGUCUGGACUUCUACCUAGAGCCGGAGAAUGCCCAUCACCUUGCUGAGAUUCAACGACUAUCAAAGGAAGAUACUCCAGAAUCCGAGGAGCUGCUGUUGCGAUACUUCAUGGAAGGUGGUCGCAUUCGCUCAUCGGUCGCACUGCCGCGCGAAGUCGCAAAGCCCACAGUCAUCGAAGACAAUGGAGAGAAGAUCACCCUGAAAGCCGGCCAACAGAUCUUCGUCAAUCUGGUAUCCGCAAGCCACGACCCCAAGGCAUGGCCAGACCCCGAACAGGUCCGCCUGGACCGCGAUCUGAGCCAAUACUCCCACUUCGGCUUUGGUCCUCACCAAUGUCUCGGCCUCGCCGUGUGCCAGGUGGCAUUGCCCACUAUGUUGCGGGUUGUUGGGCAACUGGAGAAUCUUCGUCGUGCUCCUGGGCCACAGGGCCAGUUGAAGAAGCUGCCCGCCCUGGGAGGUCUGACUAUGUAUAUGGAUGCCGAGCAUAGUAUGAUCUCGCCAUAUCCUUCGACGAUGAAGAUUCAGUGGGAUGGGGAGCUGCCUAAAGCGGCGAGUAAAUAG